AAAUUUUAUCUGAAGAUAGUGAUGCCUCAAAUAUUAUUACAUCACAAAAAUCAGUUUUAAACAAAAAAUUAAAGUUCUAUAAAAAAAAAGCUACUGUUCUAAAUAUGGAAAGGGCUACAAAAAAUUGGAUGGAUAAGUUUGAAGAAUUUCGUCGUAAUUAUAACUAUGUAACAUUGAUCAAUAGUAUUGCUGAUCCUCGCCUUAUUGAAUGUCAAGUAUAUGAAUAUAUUGUACAAAUGACUAAAAAAGAUGGAGAAGAAUAUAAGGCUAAAAGUAUUCAACAAGCAGUUGAUAGAAUAAAUAGAUAUCUUGUUAAGUACGGGUUUAUUCAGGGUUUAAAUUUACAUGACAAAUACCAGUUUCCUAACUUGUAUGAUGUUGUAAAUGGAAAAAUGAAAGAUUUGCAAGAAAAAGGAUUGGGCGAAAAAGAAGGUUCAGUUGCACUAACAGCUCAACAAGUUAAAGAUAUUUUGGAUGAUGAAUUUUUAGAUCCAAACACACCUGAAGGUUUAUUGUAUCAGGGUUUUUUUCGCAAUUUAAUGAUAUUUGCUUGCCGUGGUAAUAAGCAUUGUGCUCUACAGAUUAAUCAAUUUCAGAUCCAAGCAGAUGAUAGUAUUUUAUUCUGUCAUUAUCAUAGUAAGAAUAACCAACGUAAAAUUCUUAGGGGUUCUGCUCAAAAUAUUCACAUGCCACCUGAUUUACCUGGUACAUCUGGGCCUGUUAGUGAUAUUAAAAAAUAUAUUUCAAAACGCUCCUCAGAUGCCUCUAGUAAUUUUUACUUACAUCCUAAUCAGGAUUGGCAAGUUACUGGUAUUUGGUAUCACAAGAAACAUUGUGGAAUUAAUAAAGUUCAAAACUUUAUAAAGGAUAUUGGAAAUAAAGUUAAG